AUGGCAAGGGCUUCUGGUUCAGUGCGUAAGGCCAUGAAGGGCUCAAGCGAUGAUGACAGGAUUAGCAAUUUGCCAGAUUCCAUGAUUUUUCAUAUCCUUUCCUUUCUCCAAACAAAGGAUGUGGUUGUCACAAGUGUUUUAUCCAAGAGGUGGAAGUCUUUCUGGACUAAAGUGAACACCCUUGAAUUUAAAUCUCGUGAUGAAGACAAGAAGGAGUCAAAAGGUAACAAAAGCAUGACUUUUCCGCAGUUUGUUAACAAUGUCUUAUUUCGUAAUGAUGCUCAACACUUGGAUAAGUUUCGGCUCAGAUGGAUCGACAGUGGAUGCAAUGCAUGGUACGUUAACAUGUGGGUCAAUCAAGCAAUCAUUCGGAAUGUCAGAUAUCUUUGUCUACGAGUUGAUAAUUCCGAUAUUCGCCUUCCUAGUAACCUUUUCACUAGCGGGACACUAGAAACUCUACUAUCCCAAGGGCAUUUUUUAUUUAAAGUCCCUCAGGUGGUUUGUCUCCCCAAACUGAAGGUGCUGGGACUUAAUGACGUUAUAUAUGAAUCUGCCGAGUCCUUCCAGACACUUAUAUCUAGUUGUCCUGUUCUCGAACAUCUAUUUAUCCAAUGUUCUGGCUUGCAUGAUAGCAAGAUACUCUAUAAAAUUUCUUCUGCUUCACUGAGAACUCUUCAUAUGUGUUCCAAAAACUCGCCGGCAUACCGUAUCCAGGGCACUGGGAAGUUGGAAAUAGAUGCGCCUUUACUUGAAUGGAUGUAUUUGGAGGAUUACAAUUGGAAGGAAUUCUCGGUGACAUGUCCGGCGUCUUUGACCAACGUGAUACUUUCUUUCAAUCUCUCUGGUUGCCCCUUCGAUAUCGGUCGAUGCAAUUUGAUUACAAAUCUGAUUAAAACUCUGAACAAUGUUAGGUCUCUGGAAUUGAAAGGAACCAUCAUUAAGGCUCUUAGCUACACAGCUACCCCAAUGUCAACAACGUUUGAGAGAUUAACCAAAUUAGAUAUCCAUUGUGGUUGUGGAGAGUGGAGCUGUUUGAGUUCCGUGCUUCAAUGCGUGAACGAAUUACAAGUCCUUAAAUUUACAAAGGCGCGUUGUGAUCAAUUAUGCGCUCAUGGGGAAUGUUGGAGCGAACCCAAAGACAUUCCUAAGUGCUUGUCCACCAGAAGUCUUGAAGAAAUUUCAUUCAGGGGAUUCCAGGGCUUGAAGGAUGAGAUUGGAAUGGUUAGUUAUGUUCUCAAGCAUGGUUUGGGGAUGAGAAGAAUUGAUCUGAGCAGUGGAGUUUGUGAACCAAAAGAAGAGUUGCAAAUCCUCAAGAAGGUUAUGGCGAUUCCCAGUUGUUCUCCUGCAUCAUGUGAAAUCUAUUUUAAUAGAGAUGCUUUACCGAGGUGCUGCUGCUGUCGUCCCCCGGCCUGA